CAGUAAUAGUUAACUAACGUUAGCAAGCUUAGCGAGGCUAUUUGAUGUGAACCACUAGUCUAUGACAAACAAUAGGCUACUCUAUGUACUGAUAAUUCAUGUUCUGCAAUCAAUGCGCCCUUGCAAGUGGCAUAUUUGCCGUCAAUAUAGACCUCAAUACAUAGUUAGCUAGAUGAGUUGGCUACUUGGUGGUACUCACAAUACGCAUUUGUUAUGUGCCAAGUCUCAUUGGAUUUAACGUUACUGCAGUGAGAUGCAAGUUAGGCUUGUCAGUUAGCCUGAGGUUAGUUUGAUAAACUGUGUGGGGGUAAUUCAGGACACAAAGCACCCGUUAGGUGUUGUGGUGUAAUAAACAGUCAUUUUUACAAGCAGACAGAGAAGUAGAGUGGGUGGACUCCCUUGGUCAGUUGGUGUAGGCCAAACCUUAAACUUGGAAUCAUCUGUAGUUACACCACUAUAUCUAAUAUUACAUAACCUAUUUCCUCAGACUCUCACCAUUUUCACUGUUAUAAAAAGGACUUUAUAAAAAUCAAUUGGAUUGAUAUUCUUAAGGAGAUAGGCCUGGUCAGCUACUUGGACAUUACUAGGUCUAACCAAACUAUAUUUAAUUUGACCCUGGGUAUCACCCAGAUAGCUAGUUUAGUCGGUGUGAGAUGGAUGUAGAUAUAAAGCCAGAGGAGGAUGAGAUGGAGAUAUCCCCAGCUGUCAUUUUAUCUGACUCUUUUAAUGCAAGUUAUUCAUAUGCUGAAAAUUGGUAUGACACAACAAAACAAAGCCUUAUUUGUGCUCCGUUAGAAGAUACAAAAUCAAGUGAUAGGGAGAUUCAAAUUAAUUCAACAACAGUUGGUGCUCCAGCUGUAAAUGUGGAUGGUAAAGGUGUUGUCCACGUUCACACAGUACAGGAUAACUCAAGCACCCCUGUAGGGAAUUUAAUCAAAGAUAAGCCAUGUUUGUACAUAUCUCCCAAUGAUAUUCAGAUUGGAAAAGUAUGUACCUUUUCUCAGUCGCAACACUUAGUUGCAGAAAGUGUUUCUUUGGGAGGACAAAUCAACCCAACUGCACAGAUAUUUAGCAGCUUUCAAAUACAGCCACUAAACAAUGAUCAAGUGCUGACUGAUUAUGUUAAUCUCCCAAGUCAAAGUAUUGCCAAACCAUUUCUGAUAAUUUCACCUGCAAUAGCAAGUGACAGUAAUUUAACUCCAGUGCUGCAACCAUGUCAUAUGAGGACUCACAGGCCUAUUCUUCCAGCCUAUUGUAAACCAUUUACUUCAACCUCUAUUCAAGAGGAAGACUACGACGUUAAAAUAAAAAAAAAAGAGGGAAGAAAAUGGUCAAGGCACAAAAAGGGAGAAAAGAUGGAGAUAUGUGGCGACAUCGUGUUAAUUACUCAAAACAUAUUUCGCAAAGGUCGUCAGCUGGAAAAAAGUUGAAGGAUCCAUACUCCAACUGCAAGAAAAUUGGAUUGGAUUUCAAUGUUGGGUCUGGAUCCAAUCAGAAACUAGAUGUGCAGUUGCUGACUAAAGGUGUGAUGGUUGAGGUUUCUGAUUUAGCUAAAGAAGUUAAUAGAGCUCAGCAGCAUGUUGUCUGUGACAUUCUAGAGUACAACUUUGAUCUUGGUUUGCAAAAGCAUCAAAGGUAUGAUUUUGCGACACAUACUAUGCACAAAUUAAGAGAAUUGAUGAGAAAACAAAAAAACUGUUCUAGGAAAACCUGAAUUGGUAAUGGAGGUGUUUACCCUUCCUGAUCCCAACACGAUAAAAGGUUCAAAAUAUGCCCUUUCAACUGCAAAGAAUUAUGACCGUGUGUCAGAAAAUCUUGAACCUGCUCUUAAUGGACAAAUCUCAUCUGGACAUCGUAUCCAGACUUACUCAGCAUGUCAAGACAGACAACCUGUUAACUGAGAAAGAUGUAACGCAGUGUGCUGGUGGAACGGCGUACAGCCUUGCAGGGGACCAAAAUGGGCAUCUAAUGGCCUCUACAAUAUCAAAAACAAUGAAGGACCCCUAUCCCCUCUGUAAGAAAAUAGGAUUAGAACUUGAUGUGAAAUCCAAUUUUGGGGCAAAAGAGAAACUUAAUUUGGAAUUAUUGACCAAAGGUGUAAUGAUUGAACUUGGUAAUUUUGCCAAAGAUGUUUGUGGAACUUACAAGCAAAUUGUCAUUGAUGUCCUAGAGCACAAUUUUGAUCUUGAUUUGCCUAUUGAGAAAACCAAGCUGUCUACCUAUAUUAUUACAAAGUUGAGACGAGUUGUUAAGAAAAUGACAUGCAUGGCACAUAGAAGGAAACCUCCAUAUUUAAAAUAAUCAUUCUCACUGGGGGUUGGCACAAGAAAGAAACCUGCAGUGAUUUCCAAUAAAAUGCAGGUCAUUAACUCAAUUGUGUGGAAAUAUCAAGGACUGAAAAAAGUAACAGAAAGAAGACGAUUAGAUUUGAGAAGGAAAAAGGGAGAAAGAGCCACUUGCAAAGUAAGAGACACGAAGGCAGAGAAAUUUCGUAGAGGUAGACGAGUAGGCCUAGUUUCUCAGUCUGUGAAGAAACAGACCAUCUCCAACGAGACUGGACUCACAUUGUCAGCCGGAAAAACGAAGGUCCCUGUCAGCAAAAUUAAAAAGGCAAACGUGAUGCCCUUUGCAGAGAAAGUGGUGAAAAACUGCUACCCCUUGUGCAAAGAAGUAGGUGUGGAACUUGAUGUGAGAUCCAAACCACCAUCCAAAACAAAACUUGACUCACAGUUACUGACAAAUGGCGUAAUGUAUGAGGUUCAUAAGUUUGCAAAAAAUACAAAAAAGGCUUAUAUGUAUACUGUCUAUGAUAUACUGGAAUAUAAUUUUAAUCUAGAUUUGCAAAAUCAGAAACGCUGUCAAUUUGCCAUACAUAUUUCAUCUAAACUGAAACGAAUGGCUAAACGGAAACAUGUCACAAAUGAAGACUUUUCAAAAGAAGUGUUUAUAAUACCGCUUGUGACUAGACAAUACAAGAAAAAAGAAGCUACUCCACCUGCAAGAUUGUCAAAAAGACAAUUGGAUUUGAAAAGGAUACAAGAGGCAAAUGAUACAGAGGAGAAGAUGAACUCCCAGAAGAUGGUUAACAAGACCGGUUUGAAAUAUCUGGUCGCUGAUGCAAGGACUGUAUGGUCUCUGCAUGCUGAAGAGAUCAUCUCUAUCGAAACAGAUGAAACUGUCAAGCUUGGCCAAGAUAAUGGACCCACUGACUUCUGCUUAAAGGAGUCUGACGUUCACUCUGGGGUCACAGAGCAAACCCCAUGCCCAGAGAACUACCAAGUUGAUGUUUGCAGGAAAAUGAUCAAUGAAAUUGUUACGAGUGGUGAAAUGCAACAGAUGAGAUGGAUUUUUGUAACCUUUUCAAAGUGUUUUGGUGCUGGGACUGGUUCCGAAAAGAAAUUUGAACCAAUCCUCACUGAAUACAGAUCAGACAUCCUACCACUGAUGGCUGAGAAACAUUGUGGCUUUAGUUCCACUGAAAAGACAAUGAUGUGCCUUGUAAGUCAGCUCUUCUGUGGCUUACAUUUGAUUGACGGCUUUGCUCACCAGGCAAACACAAGUCUUCUACUUUGGGAAAAUAUGAUUUUAGGAGAUAAGGAAGUAGGAGUCCAUUGCUCCCCUAACAUUGGGACAACAGAGUUGGAGUCUGGAACAGUGUGUUUGGUGAGUUCUGUGAGUAUUGCUGUGCAAGAGCUUGGAUGGGCAGAGGACGGUCAGCUUGUUCCGUUCGAAACCUUUUUGACCAGCAAAAAAGAAUUUGAUGAAGUUCCUUUGUCUCUAUCCAUUGGACAUAGAAUAGAUGGUCUGUUUCAUAAUUCUGCUGGGGUGUAUAGCAUCCAUGAUGAUUUGGUUGAGUUUACCAGUACGUACGGAGCUGAGAGUAGUUUGCUUGCCACAGUUGUUGCUGAUUUGGAGGUUCAACAGUUCAAGGCCGGGUGCAGAGCUCUGGGUCUGGUUUCCAAGCUUAUCAUUGAUCCUCUCUGGAGAGCCUUAACUUUGAAGGGAAACGUGUUGGAGAUGGAAGAAAGAUACCAAACCCUUGUUACCAAACUCAAGGAAUGGCAGGAAGAUGGGAGAGGCCUUGUUAAAGGAAAUGCAUGCUUGUUUGAUGACAUUGAGGUACCCAAGAACCUUGUGUUUGAUAGGCUUACCAUGUGGACCGACACAGACUUUUUUGAGUUGACUGUUCAGAUUGUUGAGUUGAUCCUAGCCAGUUUUCUGAAGGUAUGUUCUAUGAUGCUUCCAGUCAAUUUAGAGCUCUUGUCACAAAACAAUGAUCGAUUCAGAAAGGAUUUGGCAAUAUUAGAUCAAUUGCAAAAAGCUAAGUCAAAUGCAGUCAGUAUUGCCAUUGAAGGCAUGGACAUGUGCAAGAAGAAUCACACUUGGGAAUGGCUGUCCUUUUUGGAUGAACCAAAAAUAGUGUCAAUGAGGAAAACAUUCCAGACAGUGUAGGCAAAGGAAGAAGAAAAGCUCUCUGCCACACCUGCAGAAGAAUGAAAAUUGUAAAGGAAUAGACAUGACAGAGUGGAUGAGUCUUUUAUUUGUUUAAUUAUUUACUAAUGAACCACAAUAGGACUAUACAGGACAGAACCUUUUUUAUAACAGGUUUAACUUUGUCCCUGUAACCUGGUGAUGACAUUGCCUAUUUCAAAAAUGUUGCAUUAACGUGAUUUUCUUUCUAGCACCUUAACUUUUGUGUUCAGACUGGUGAAAGAUAAACAGCAAUGCAACCUCAGACAAUAAGUAGAUGCAAGUAUAAUAUAGUUACACUAUAUACCUAUUUUGUGAUAUAUUGUAUAGCCUAAUGAUGUUCAAACGCGGUGUCAGGAACUUGAAGCUCCCGACCUGCUCAACAGCUCUCACAUAUACUGUGAUGUUAUCUCUUGGUUUUAUCUUCCCAAUUUCAGCAAAACUUUGAUGUGUGCCUUGUCCCUGUGCAGAGUCUCAGAUGGGGAGCUGGACCUCGUGAAGACCAAGCUAGACUGGCAGGCCUGUGGAUCUCUUGUUCUGGGCUACUCAGAGGUGCUGCCAGAACUGGACCUCGGCACUAUCAAUUCACAGACCACCACCUACAGCCCCUCCAUACAAUCCUGCACAUAGGACAAAUUCUGGGCGUCAGUCACAAUGUCAUCACUGAUGCUCUGACUGAAACUAGCCUACACCAACUGGUCUUUGCCAACUGUUCCACUAACCUACCAUAUAGUGUGCAUUAGAGUGCUUGCCUGUGAUUGAGAAAGCGUGCGAUGUAGCCUCUUCAACAACAGACUUGCGAACAGAACAUCCUUCCUGACACACAAGACAAGAGUUCUGAGGUCUUGUAAAGAGGGAUGAGCGGACUGCCAAUAGAUUAAACUGAUUCAUUACUUUGAUCAGUCCUACUUUCAACACUUCGUACUAAAAAUGUACUCUGAUUGCCCACUUAAGCCUGCAAAGGAUUUCAGUGGAGUUAAACAUGACACAUGCAGUGUCACUGUUUCGGGGCUACGAGAAGGGGCUACGAGAAGGGGUCGAUUUGGAAUUCAGCACUGUCCAUGGGUUGACCGACCUGAACCUUUUUUUUUUUUCUUAAAUGUUUUAUUUUUGUUUUUCACAAUACAGCUGGAAAUGUAAAGAUUGAAACAUAGUAGGGGCAUAGACAGAGGGUGGCCGAGGUGGGGCCCAAUCUCUGUUGGCAGGGGGCCCAAUCCCUGUUGCCAGGGGGCAUAUCUGGUACAGAGUCGGGGAGCUUAGACCACUACACUAGACUCCGUCACGACUGACCUGUACUUUUUACCAGAACAGAAAUACUAUGUUCAUCAGAUUCUCCUCACUGUAAAACUCAGAAAGGUUGUGAGAUCACAGGGAAAAGACUGAUCUGAGGGACCACAGACUCACAAAACAUUGUAGCUCACCUGACUGGAAAACACAGCUCUUGGUGGUCCCAAUGUCUGACAUGAAACAAAAAUGAAAACACAACAGGAAAUUGCUCUCUACUUCCUACCACAAUCUUAUAUAUUACAUACGUAGAAUAUGAAUGUGAUUAUUCAUACACUCAUAUUAAGCCUAUUUCUCUUUGGUUGGGGUGUUCAAUGGUUAAGUGGACUAGCUACCACUAUGGCAUUUUGAUGUUAUGGCGUCAGCUCUGGCUGGCUGAGAAGACAAGUAAAUGGGCUAAUAGUUGGCAGGGCAAUUUUAGUUUUUCCAACUUUGUAUUACCGUAUCAAAUAAUUGAAUGAAGGUAGAAAAAUAACUUUAUAUCGGUGUUAUGCAUGUUGUUCAAGCGUGUAACUGCCCUCUCAUUCGCUAGAAUGGUCCCACCUGAUCUCGCCUCCUCCCGACUUCCUUCCAUCUUUGAAGACAUGUAUUUUCAUUGUUAGAGUGGCCACUUGAGUAUCUUAUCUAUAUAAUUGUCAUGACUGUCACUCCUUGGUGAGGAUCAAAGGUGCCGGAUCAGCUAGGCCAAUGGCUGACAGAUAGCCAAACUCUCUCCUGGGGGAGUUGGCCCGGUUUUAUGAUUUAACGACCGGAUUGUAAAUACCUGGCAGAAACUCUCCCUUUGGCUCUGCAGUAUUGAAUGUCUGAGUGUUACAGAGAGACUCUUGCUAAAAACUUUAACAUCCAAAGAUUGGACAUUGGAACAUUAGUUUUGAAAUCCAAACGCUUGGAAUGGUUGGUGGGUUUAUUAUUUUGUGAUAUCAUUAAGGAUGGUGUAACAUUGGACUGCAAAUUGGAUGCAGUCUAUCACAGUGCAAUCCGUUUUGUCACCAAAGCCCCAUAUACUACCCACCAUUGCGACCUGUACGCUCUCGUUGGCUGGCCCUCGCUUCAUACUCGUCGCCAAACC